UGAGUGACCCAGCUGUGGUCAGACAUGUGCCAGUCUCGCUAAUCUUAAGGUGCAUAUGCGCAUGCACACCGGCGAACGUCCCUAUGCGUGUGACUAUCCUGGGUGUGGCAUGGAGUUCACUCAAAGUAGCCAUUUGAAUGCACACAAAUGGGUGCACUCGGACGAACGUCCCUAUGCGUGUGACUAUCCUGGGUGUGGCAAAGACUUUACUCAGAGCAAUAGUUUGAAAAGUCACAAGCGCGUGCACACGGGCGAACGUCCCUACGCGUAUGAUUAUCCUGGGUGCGGCAUGACGUUCACUAGUAGUGGUAAUUUGAAUACACACAAACGCGUGCACACGGGCGAACAUCCCUACGCGUGUGAUUAUCCUGGGUGUGGGAAGAAGUUUACUGAAAGAG